GUUGCAGAAAGUGGGACAGGAAGUAAGUUUGUUUAUAAUCAGAUGGGCAACUUGAACUUGUAACAUAUUUUACAGUUUGAUAAAUUGAAACAAUUUUAUUUUAAGAUAAUUUAUAAAGAUUACCAGAUCUUUCUACAAAAAUGGUAUUAGCAGACUUGGGCAGAAAGAUUACAUCUGCUCUGAAAUCUCUUAGCAAUGCAACAAUCAUAAAUGAAGAGGUUCUCAAUGGUAUGCUCAAAGAGAUCUGUGCAGCAUUGCUGGAAGCUGAUGUCAAUAUACGUUUAGUCAAACAACUAAGAGAGAAUGUGAGAUCUGUGAUAGACUUUGAUGAGAUGGCUGGAGGUCUAAACAAGAGAAGAAUGAUUCAGUCAGCAGUUUUCAAAGAGCUUGUCAAGCUUAUUGAUCCAGGAGUGAAAGCAUGGCAGCCUAGUAAAGGAAGAAACAAUGUCAUUAUGUUUGUUGGUCUCCAAGGCAGUGGCAAAACCACAACAUGUACCAAACUAGCUUAUUACUAUCAACGCAAAGGAUGGAAGACAUGUUUGAUCUGUGCUGAUACUUUUCGUGCAGGAGCCUUUGACCAGUUAAAACAAAAUGCCACAAAAGCUCGUAUACCUUUUUAUGGCAGCUACACAGAAAUAGACCCUGUGGUCAUUGCUCAGGAAGGUGUUGAGAAGUUUAAAGCCGAAAACUUUGAAAUCAUCAUUGUUGAUACCAGUGGUCGACACAAACAGCAAGAUUCAUUGUUUGAAGAAAUGUUGCAAGUGGAGCAAGCUAUUAAACCUGAUAAUAUUAUUUUUGUUAUGGAUGCCACAAUUGGUCAAGCUUGCGAAUCUCAGGCCAAAGCAUUCAAAGAUAAAGUAGAUGUUGCCUCUGUAAUCAUUACCAAGUUAGAUGGCCAUGCUAAGGGUGGUGGAGCACUUAGUGCUGUUGCUGCAACAAAAAGUCCAGUCAUAUUCAUUGGUACAGGAGAACACACAGAUGACUUUGAACCUUUCAAAGUACAGCCUUUUGUCAGCAAAUUGUUAGGAAUGGGAGAUAUAGAAGGUCUCAUAGACAAGGUGAAUGAGUUGAAAUUGGAUGAUAAUGAAGAGUUGAUGAAGAAACUCAAACAUGGUCAGUUUACACUUAGAGACAUGUAUGAACAGUUUCAAAAUAUUAUGAAAAUGGGUCCAUUUAGCCAGAUAAUGGGAAUGAUUCCAGGUUUUAGUUCUGACUUUAUGACAAAAGGAAGUGAACAAGAAUCAAUGGCCAGACUCAAAAAGCUGAUGACUAUUAUGGAUAGCAUGAAUGAUCAAGAAUUAGACAGCCUUGAAGGAGAGAAACUUUUCUCUCGGUGUCCUGGUAGAGCGACCCGAGUUGCUAGAGGUGCUGGUGUCUCCAUCAGAGAGGUCAAUGAACUAUUGACACAGUAUAAGAAGUUUGCUCAAAUGGUCAAGAAAAUGGGUGGCAUUAAAGGACUGUUUAAAGGUGGUGACAUGAACAGAAAUGUAAAUCAGGGGCAGAUCACUAAACUCAACCAACAGAUGGCUAAAAUGAUGGAUCCAAGAGUUUUACAACAAAUGGGUGGCAUGCAAGGAUUACAAAGUAUGAUGCGACAGUUCCAACAAGGUGCUACAGGCAAGUUUGGAAACAUGUUUAAUUUUACAGACAGAUAGUUGAAAAUAUUGUUUCACACUUGGUUUCUAUUUAUGGAAGUAAACUUCUGCAAUCAAUUAUUUCUUGUUUUAUUCAUUUGGUUUGGGAGUACCUAUUUUGAAAGACCUGAUAGCUUUAAGUUCAGAAUAUCUUUUUUUUUUUUAUAUAAACAUUAUAUUGGAGAAGAAACAAUGAACUAGGUAAAUAUGAAGAUUUGCAAUAUUUAACAUAAUGUAGCUAAUGUAAAAUGUGGUCUAGCGCUACCUUCUACAUAGUGGAGCUUAUGUUCUGAUAUAUAUAGAGUUCUUGAACUUGUCAGCAACUGUUUAAGUGUGACCAACUAUUGAGUUCUUACAAUUUGUAAUAGUGUUUAUUGUGAAUGUGGCAAAAAUUAUUAUUAUUUUCAAAUUGUAAUAUUAUGUACAGUUGAAAUAGUUCUAAUUUUCCAAUUCUAAAGAAUUCAAAUGGCUGUGUUUAUAGUUACCAGUAAUGGGGUGUAACAUUUGAAAGAUUAGUUGUUAAAACACAAAUUUCAAAGCAUCCAAAAUAUUCAACACAUUGCAAUAAAAAAAUCUAAACUUU